UGCACGGUUAGCGGCCGCUCCCAGGGGCCCGGCGGGACACACAGUAGGUGGCUCGGAGACCGCUGCGUAGCCGGCGGCGGAAGCGUCUGGGCCGGGAGGCGGAGACCCAGCCCCACCGGACUCAGGGGCUCCGGGAGGUCGGGGAAGCCCAGGCCCGGGGUCUCCUGGCCCGCAGAGCUCGCAGCCCUAGGCGCUCCCAUCCCCGCGCGUCCGGGCCCGGAGAGCGCGCGAAGGGACAGGCCGGGGAUAGGGGGAGGCGCCCAGACCGGCCGCCCCCGCCCCUCCCGCGGGUCCCCAGACCCCUCCCCUAGCCCAGACCCUCAAUCCCGAACCCGUCGGCCGCCCCGCCCCGGCCGCCCCGCCCCCGCCCCGGGCUGCAUCCAGGCCCUAGGUCCCAGCCGGGGGCUGCGGGCUCCCGCCGCCCGCCCCGCGCUCCCCCCUCUCGCCCGGUGCGGCGCCCCCCGCCCCCACCCCUCCCCGCCCUCCCACCUCCCCACCCACCCCGCCAGCCCGUGACCCUCCCGCCUGCUCCGGCUCCCGAGCAGCCAGCGGCCACCGGCUCCGGCAGCGGCGCACAACGAUUCGGUGCGGCGCGGCGAGCACGACGUUCCACGGGACCCGCGGAGCCGCGUCGUGAUCGCCGCCGGCCUCCCGCACCCGCACCCUCUCCGCUCGCGCCCCGCUCCGCGCGUCACCCCGCGGCCGCCCGCGGGACGGCGUGACCCGCCGGGCUCUCGGUGCCCCGGGGCCGCGCGCCAUGGGCAGCCCCCGCUCCGCGCUGAGCUGCCUGCUGUUGCACUUGCUGGUCCUCUGCCUCCAAGCCCAGGAAGGCCCGGGCGGGGGCCCUGCGCUGGGCAGGGAGCUCGCUUCCCUGUUCGGGGCUGGCCGGGAGCCCCAGGGUGUCUCCCAACAGGUAACUGUUCAGUCCUCACCUAAUUUUACACAGCAUGUGAGGGAGCAGAGCCUGGUGACGGAUCAGCUCAGCCGCCGCCUCAUCCGGACCUACCAACUCUACAGCCGCACCAGCGGGAAGCACGUGCAGGUCCUGGCCAACAAGCGCAUCAACGCCAUGGCAGAGGACGGCGACCCCUUCGCAAAGCUCAUUGUGGAGACGGACACCUUCGGAAGCAGAGUUCGAGUCCGAGGAGCCGAGACGGGCCUCUACAUCUGCAUGAACAAGAAGGGGAAGCUGAUCGCCAAGAGCAACGGCAAAGGCAAGGACUGCGUCUUCACGGAGAUUGUGCUGGAGAACAACUACACAGCGCUGCAGAAUGCCAAGUACGAGGGCUGGUACAUGGCCUUCACCCGCAAGGGCCGGCCCCGCAAGGGCUCCAAGACGCGGCAGCACCAGCGUGAGGUCCACUUCAUGAAGCGGCUGCCCCGGGGCCACCACACCACCGAGCAGAGCCUGCGCUUCGAGUUCCUCAACUACCCGCCCUUCACGCGCAGCCUGCGCGGCAGCCAGAGGACUUGGGCCCCCGAGCCCCGAUAGGUGCUGCCUGGCCCUCCCCACAACGCCAGACCACAGAAAGGCUCAUCCUGUAGGGCACCCAAAACUCAAGCAAGAUGAGCUGUGUGCUACUCUGCAGCUGGGGAGGUGUGGGGGAGCCCUGGGUUCCAGUUGUUGAUAUUGUUUGCUGUUGGGUUUUUGCUUUUUUUUUUUUUUUUUUAAACAAAAGAGAGGCUCUAUUUUUGUAUUCCA